CUUCUGGAAAGGUGUCUUCCAUCAACCGAGCUCUACAGCUACGACAUAACUCAAGUUGCGCGCCUCUUGCGACUGAAUUACCGCGGCCUGAACCUGCAUACAGAUAAAGAAUAGCCAAAAUGUCGGCGACACAAAAGAUUGCUGUGCAUUCACUCUCUGAUCUGAAGAACACCACCGACGAUGCACUUCCCAACUACCUACACUCCCUCAAGUUCAAGCAGAUUCACACCCAGACCGACGUCAGGUUAGCGCUCGGCUACAGCGCCGUCAUCAUCGCCGGCGCACUCUUCUACUUCGACUGGAAGUUUGGCUGGGAAGCAUCGAAGCCGUACACUGCGCCCGCAGUAGUCGCCUACUUCCUCCUGAACAGUGCAUUCUCCUGCUGGCUGUGGUUCGUGGAGAAGGGCGUUGUGUAUGAGGGAGAGGGCCAGACAGGCAAGAUACGCAUUUCCUCCUCAACUAAGAAGCACAUCCCUAUCUACGAAUGCGACGUCGUCUUCACACCCACACCGUACACCUCGAACCCAGAGCAGAAGAUCCACAUCCGCGCGCCCAUGACACGGUGGUUCACGUCUGACGGCUACUUCAUCGCAAAGCCGUUGCAGCAGUGGCUUGCGUCUGAGAUCCCAGUCAUUGGCGCCGCAGACCCGAACAACGUUGUGGAAGAUAUUGGGAGGGGAAGUGGGGCGCAGGAGAUGAACCUGAACAGCUCGAAUGCGAUCGAUGUGCUGAACCAGUUGAAGGCUAGCGGGGCGAGCUUUGUUAGUGGAGAAGGGCGGAGGAGGAAGUGAGUGGUGCAGCGAAGAGCUGGGGGUGAGAGUGUGUGUUUGGCAGAGAAAGUGCACAACAGCACUGAGUACGCGCUGGCGUUCUGAGAAAACGGUCGCGUCUUUUGGGCGCCGCAAUAUCUUCGCUGAAAGAGUUCAGCUUCAGCGAGUCGCUGAAGAACUCACAUUAUAAUAUACUGACUAGUUCUCGAGACAGUAGGUCGGUUUCAUAUGGGUUGAAUUUCAAUAUUUGUGGUAUUUGUAAAUGCUAUGAAUGCUAAAGACGCCAACACCUUGCAAUGCAUUUGGCCUUCCA